CAGAGACGCCAGAGACACCAGGGCCAAAAAGGCGCCCCAGGAAAGCGCAGAGACCGCCAGAACCACCGAGGGGGCUGCCCCAACACAACGCGCAGCAGGCAUGUCCUACCACCACCUCGACGACGCGUCGGCGCUGUCCACAAGAGGGAGUCUCAUCCUGCCCAACAUAAACGAAAGGCGCGCCAUGCUCGACUCGCCGCGAUGGGCUUUGACGAGGAGAAAACUCGCCCGGGGCGCUUUUGUGAUUGACCAGAAGGAGCUCAGGCAGCUCGCGACGGGCGCCGACUUGGACCCGAAGGCUUUCGCCAAGCAGAUGCGUUCUCUGAACGUGAAGCUGAAUGCGAAGGAGCUCGGCAUGUUGUUCUGCGCCUUCGACAACGACGGCGACGGGACCGUCGCUGCGAAGGAGUUCGCCAAACACCUGUCUGACGUGAAAACGGAAGAGAAGACGAAACGGGAACGAUUGGCAAGGGAGGACAACUCCUACUUCCUGGAGCGGAAGUUGGAACGGGAAGCUGCCGUUGUUGCUAAACAUCGGAAGCAGGCGCAGGUCGCUGUAGCUGCGACGUGGAGUGAUGAGGACCGCGACCGGGGUCUGCGGAAGUUGGAGGCCGCGGCUGGUGCCUGGGCGCCGCCACCCAAAGGUCCUGCACUAACUCCUUUCUCGGAGGGCGGGCCCCUGACUCCCUCAUCCUUCUGGCAGCAAUUACGCGUGGUUUUCAACGUGCAACUCGACCCGUCGGAACUCGCGGCGGUCAUGGCCUUCUUCGCCAAUGAAGACGGGUUAGUUGAUGGUGGGGAAUUUGCUUCGAGGUUCUUCCGGUUGAGUGCUGAAUUAAGAUCAGCGCGCUUCGACGAGGAACGGCGAUCGCGGGAGCAGCGGCAACGACGGCAACGGGACGUCGAGGAGGCGAUCCAUGAAAGGUUCUUCGCGAGGGACGAAGAGGCUUUGUUGGAGGACUACACGGAGGACGACGAGGCGUCUGCGUUGGGCAAGUUGGCAAAGAUCGCGCGAGGGGCUCUGAGAGGCGCGGCCGCACCAGACUUAAACCCCUUCAAGAAGGGGUCGAACAUGGACGCUACCACUCUCAAACACUUCCUGAAAGUCUGUUUACGGAUCACGCUCACACCGGCGGAGUUAGCUGCGUUGAUGGGUGUGUUAGAUCGCCACGGCGACGGCCUCGUCGACGGCGCGGAAUUUCUGACUUGCUUCCACAAGAUUGUCAGGAUUGAACACAGAAGACGACGAGAAGAAGAAGGCAUGGCUCGUCAACGCAAGCAGGAGUCCGAAGAAAGACUACUGCGAAGAAUAAGGGACAAGGCCGAGAAAGUGAACGCGAUAAACGUCUCCUGGCCGUCGAUCGAGGAGGUCGAGGAGUACGCGACACGGAGCGCCGUCUGCAAGGUGUCGUCGGAUGUGGCGGGGUUCUUGGAUGAGCUCGACGCGGAGUGGCCCGAGGACUCUGUCAAGCGGAAGCGGAAGACCGUGCGUCGAAAAAGACGGACGCGCGGGACGGUCCGCGAGCAGCGGUCGACGCAGUCAUGAGUAAGGUUGAGAUUCCUAGUUCCUGUUGCUUUGCUUAGAGCUAGGCCGCCUAGCCACCAGCGGGUCAUCUGAGUGACCGCACGCCGCGUUCCAGUCGUCGACGGCGCCCGAGUCGUGAGACGGGCGCCAGCAUCCACGCCAUCGAGCAGACGUAUCAUACCGACGUCUCCUUGAGGAGCUCCUCCUCGACCUCGAGCCGCCUCCG